UUUAAAUUAUAAACUGCCAUAUAAAAAUCAAAUGGUCCAAACGAAAAAAACAGAAGAUGGCGUAGCAUUUGAUUGUGAACCUGAUUCUUCACUAAUCUUGAAGAUAGAAGUGAUAGUCAACGCCUCCUAGUGAGCAGGAUUGUAAAAAGGAAGUUGAAGAAACAUUCAUUUCUUUAUAGUCUCCACUCUAUAUACAAAUAUAACUGUAUGACCGUGUGUACUGUGCCGCUGACAAUGAGCCGCGGCGGUGACUGUGAUAAGUGAUCGCGUACCCUUCCUCGUCGCUAAACGCGUAGUGGCAGUGGAGAAAGAUAGUACGUCGACCAAGAAAAGAGUCUACCUCUUGAUGACUCGCGCUUUACGCAAGGCGCAACGUAGCCGGAGCUCACAAUUAUGUUCGAUGUACCGCCCAAGUUCUACGAGCUGUGUCGCCUUUGUUUAUCGUCGGACGGUGUCAAAUUGUCCAUAUUCGAAGAGGAAGGCGCCCAGCGAAACUUUGCCGAUAAGAUAUUAACGUGCCUCUCGAUUACGGUAAAAGAUGGGGAUUCUUUACCACCAAUCAUUUGUCACCGGUGUGUGUAUAAAUUGGAUGUACUGCACAACUUCCGUGAAGUGUCACACAAAUCUGAUGUCAUACUCAAACAGUACCUGGAUUAUGCCAAGCAGUUAUCAUCACAUGAUGAUCAGAAAAAAUCUUUCUCCACUGCCAAAGUAGCAGGAUUAAGUCCGCUACAGUCAUUUCUCCAAUUGAACAAAACAUUGUUCAAUGAGGAGCCUAACUCUCCGGCCAGCAUUAAUCAAAACGUUAUACCUCAGACUCAAACACAUCAUUUGGAGUUGUGUACCAAUGACAUGCCUGAGCAUGAUAACAUUAAGUGUGAACCAGAAGAUGAUACAUGUUCAAAUAGUUCUGAUCCAGAUAGAUUAGAAAUAGAAGAUCGCGAUGAGCAGGAUACUGAGGGGGAAGAAAAUGGUUAUGAUAUGACCAUUAAUAAGAGAAUGAAAGUAGAAACAAAUUAUGAGGAAUCAAAAACAAGUACCCCCAAUCAUAGUCCAGUGAAUAGAAUGGAUACACCAGAAAGCAAUUGUUCAGACACAAAUAUUGACCAGGAAACAACAAAGUUAUGGCAAGCAUUAGCAAACAAUAGGAGUUUAGAGAUUACCAGGACAAAUGGUGACAAAUUAAAUAAUGGAUUCACUGGCGAAGCAACUAAUUUGUUGCGUUCUUUAAUCAACAAUAGGCAAAUUGGUAUUACUGCAAUUGAUUCUGACAGAAUAUCACCACAAAUUAGGUUUUACAGAGAUACUCAAGGAACAACAAUUGAACGCACUAUACCCGACUGUUCUCUACUCGGCAACCGUACUAAUGUGUCGUGUAUAGAAAAUAAGGGUACGUCUGUGGACAGUAAUCCGUCUAGCCCUGCCAGUGUUGGUCGAAAGGAAACCAAGGGUCGUAGAAAACAAAGUUAUCCUAGCAAAGCUCCCAUGAGUCCAGAUGUCGUUAAUUAUCAACAUGAAUCUAAUGAAGAACAAGCACAAGAUUUUACAACAUGGUCAAAUAAAAUGAAGGGGAAGGUAGAGGACCAAAAACAACAAUUUGAUCAACAUAGUGGUAACAUAGCGAAAAAGGUUGAUAUGUCUUGCACAAAUUGCGGCACUAUGACUACAACUAUUUGGAGAAGAAAUAUGAAGGGAGAAAUGGUUUGUAAUGCUUGCGGACUUUAUUACAAACUUCAUGGAGUAAAUCGUCCAGUUACCAUGCGAAGGGAUACGAUACACACGCGUAGACGUAGACCUAAAGGUGAAAAACCAACAAGGCAUAGAAAAAAAGGUGAUUCAAUUCUGGUACCACAAUCGGAACAGAUGGAUGCAGAAAGUGCAGACAUGUUAGCAGCCCUUCGGCGACAAAUUCAGCCUCAUUUAAUGAUGGCAGCCUUAACACCACCACGUAUACCUGGUGCUCAUCCACCAGCUCCUACCGCUCAACUUAAUUAUUCUCUUCCUUUACCUAGUUACAUGAUGCAUCAUGUGAAAGCAGAAGGACGAGAACAAUGUCAUUUAUCUACGGACAUAGAAGAAACAGAAGAAGGAGAUGCAGAGAACGUCUCGGAUGUACCAUUAAACUUAGUUGCGACGUCAUUAUCCGAAGAAGCACACUGAAAUCAUUUUGACCAGCUUUAGAACGACGUUGCUAUAGGUAUAUAUAUACAUAUAUAUAUAUAUACAUAACAAAGAAUCUCUAGACAGAACAGUCUGUCCGGUGAUACACAGGGUGUAAAAGACGAGAUUAUUCUCCUUCUCUUUUCUGCCUCUGUCGUCCAUGAUCCUCUUUUUGGACUCUCCUUUUUUCUCUUUUUCUCUUUUCCACGGUCUUGAGAAUUUUGAGAUGGUAGAAUAUUGGGAUGUGUAUUUAUCCCUUGAGCUACCAAGCCCGUGGUGCAGAGCGCACGAAGGAACGAUGAUAUUAAAUACGCAGUAUUAAUUACGUGGUUAUUCAAAAUAUGUACAUAUAUAUACACGAAUACGAAGAAUAUUUUUAUACAAAAUUUUCUACGCUUGCAGCUAUAGAGAGCGACGGGCGAUCGUUGUACAUACACGCGCAAAUUGUUCUUUCGGUGUCGCACGUAUUUUACGCAUUAAAAAGGAAUGGUGGUCGUUGUCUGUUUUCUUAGUGAUAUAAGAAAGUCAAUCACCAGUGAAAGUUUUUAGAACGGUGCUAGAUUACUGUUCGGAAAGGCUUAGAAAUAAAGAAAAAACAAAAAAAAAAAAAAUGAUUUGUCGCUAAAAGAUUAGUGAACAAAAUUUAACCGUUUUGUUCCACGGGCUUUUAGCUGUCAGUGAUGUUACAAUUGCAAAUAAUCUUGUUUUGCGUAAUAUUUAAAUUAAAAAACGUCCCAACCGAACUUAACUAGUGAAUAAAAUCUAUUUUUUAAUUGAUUUUAAUGACGAAUGAAAACUUAUUAUUUGCUUAAUUAAAACUGGAAAAAAGGAAAAUAUUAAUGGAACUUAACAGAAAACGGUUGCACGAUGUGACAAAUGUUUAUUAAAAAAAUAUAUAUAUAUCAUAGAAAAAGUUAGAAUCAUAAACGGAAGAUAAUAUGUUCUCGGUAAUUUGAGCUUUGUCAAAUUACAUUUUUACUAGUAUAAUUUUUAAACAUCAUACUCUAGUGGCCUUUCAACAAUUUGUCUCCUUUCUCUUCCCUUUUUAGCUCUUAUCGCAGUAAAAAGUGCAGAUAAUUUACUUACAGAUACAAUUUUAAUUUAUGAUAUAGAUUACUUUUUUACGUGAGCACGAGACUGCCGGUAUAAACACAUUUAAAUACUCUUUCUAUCGUUUAUGUAUUUCGUUUUCCCUUCCCUUUUUUUUUUUUUUCUAUGUGUUGAAAGCUAUUUGAUUGUUCAUACAGUCAUCAAUAAUUUGUACUUAAUAGACAAAGCAGCACACCACCAUAUAAGCUAAGACCCCGAAAGCAAUAAAAAACGCGAUGGUACGUAGGAUAGAUUGUCGUCAUACAAUACUCGUUUGCGUGCUCUCUCGACGACAAUUUAAACAUACAAGAAUUUCAGGAACUAAUAUUUAGAUAACAUUCAUUUAUAUGCCGGACGUUAAAAAUAACAAAUUUUAUUGCUCCAUAAUUGCUGUAGAUACAUUCAUAUAAUCUCUUUUUAAAUUUCUUCCUUAACUCUAUUCAUUCAUUUAUUUUAUUUCUUUUUUAUAUUAUUUAAAAAAAAAAGAAAAGAAAAGAAGAAAAUUAGAAAUACUUUGGUGUAGAUAAACAAAAUUACUCGUUUCUUUCUAAGGGUUAUCACUGAUCUCUUUUUUCCAGAAUGUACAGAUCACACAUUAAUAAACAGGUAUUAAGCAAUCCUAAAUACCACAUAAUACGAUGGCCAGUGCAUCUACUCAUGUAUCGUUAUAUCUAACAUUAUAUACCUAAACAACUUUGCCAAAAAUAGAUUUAGUCUAUGUAACAUAGAAUAUAGUUAAGGGCAUGCGAUAAAAAUUAACAUUUUAUCUUUCUCUUUUACAACUUCAUAUACAGCAUUUACAUAUUUCUUCUUUAUUUUUCUUUCUCUUCUUAUAGCUUUUCUUAUCAGUGAUACCUCUUAGCAUACCACUGUUUUAUAGAACUUUUAAAUUACACUUACAGUAAUUAAUGGAGCAACUUAGUUUUAGUCGUUAUCAAAGGAGCCUUAUAAACACACUCGUAUAAAUAUAUAUACACGUGCGCGUACAAGCGCGAUACACACAUUUUACACUUUCACUCAUACACAUAUAUGCAUAAAUACAUUCUUUCUUACACUUAUAUACGAGUAUAAACGAUACCAUCGAUCAAUGCUAUUCCUUAUUUUCAAUAUUGUAAUAAAAAAAUAUUUCUUUUACGCGUAUUACAAUUAAUACAUUAAUAUUAUAUUUGCAUUUUCAUUCAAUAUUUUUAUCAAUGAAUAAUAGAACGCAUAACAAAAAUAGCAAACAGUAACUAUUUUCUAGCUAUCGCAAUCUGUUUUCAUUUUAAUAAAUAUGAAUAGCAUUGAAUAAAAUGGUAUCUUUAUCAUUGAUAACACCAUUUAUUUGAGAAAGAGGCAUAAACUAUGAAGAAGUUUUACAUAAUUGCGAUCCAAAUAACAGAUUGCUUAACUUUUUUCUUGUACGUCGAAACGAUCCUUCCAUUUAGUACGUAUUUGAUAUACUUCCUGUUUCCCAAACAGGUAACAUAUCUUUUAAAUAAGUCUCGACAAAUGACUAUGUUUUAUAUUUAAUUUACAUUUACAUGUAUAACAAAUUUGUAAAUAUUCAAAAUUUAAUUGUCUUUUUUCCAGAUAUAUUAAUAUGCAUAAUUUUAACUCGUGACUAUGUAUAGUUAAAAAAAAUAUUCUGUUUUAAGUAAAAAUAUACUUAUUUAAAAGAUACGUGAUACACAUUUAGGCUUAACAUCUUAACUAGGGAAUGAAAUCGAGAAUUAAUCAAUUGAUAAUAAAGUACACAGAACUUGACUUCUCUCAAGUCAAGAUAUAUAGAUUGCCAGUUUUUAAAUUCUGUUGACAGAACAUUGUAGAAUACCAUUUUUAAAUGUACCAUACGUGAAGAGAAUGAACUUAUUUAUGAAAUAACAUUGAUAAAAAAAAAAAUGAAAGCAAUGGACAGUUACUUCGUUAGGCAUUUUUUUUUUUUUCUCUCAGUUAUAAAUAUUUAGCUCGUGGUAGCUUGUUAAAUAACAGAAAAGCAUAACUAUCCUUAUAUAUUUUUUUUUAAUUAUUAUUAUUAUUAUAAUUAUUAUAAUUAUUAUUAUUAUUAUUAUUACCAUCGUAGACGCGUAAGUAGAAUUAGGUUUGAGCUCUCUACUAAUUCUGAAACUAGAAGAUAUUUUUUAUAAUUAUUAGAAUCGAGAAAUCGAGUAUUGCUAUUAUAUAUAUAUAUAUAUAUAAAUAUAUAUAAAUAUUAUUGAUAUCGAUUUGAUUUAAACGUUAACGAUAAAAAAUUUUUUUUUUUUUUAAAUAAGAUUUAGUUGCAAGACCGCCACUCGACAAAGUUCGUUUUUUUUUUAAUAAUAAUGAACGAAGGAAAAAAAAAAGCUGAGGCUUCUUAUAGAUUUUUUUUUUUUUUAUGUAUCAGUAUUCUACGCGUUUGACUUUAGCUGUUAAGAGUUUUAACCACACUACUUAAAGGAAUCCCCGAUGGCGAGAUUUGUCUUACUUAAUUAUUAAAUUAUUUAGUUAUCUUCCCUUUCGAUUCCCUCCCAUGCCCCAUCACCCCUAUUCCCCUUCCCUUCCCUUCCCCUUUCCCUCCCAUCCCCUUCCCCUCCCUGUUUUGUACGUCUAUUUUUACACAAACAAUCCUUCCCUGAAUAUAAUUAUUUAAACUGUAAUUUAUUGUAUUCACCGUUUUUUGCACCAACGUUUACGUAAGACAUAUUUUUUGGCAACGACUGGCUUAAUUUAUUGUUUCUUACAUUAUAAACUUUAUAUACGAGUUUCGCUCUUUUUUUUUUUCUUUUCUUUUCUUUUUUUUUUUUUUUUCUUUUCUUCUUUUUUUUGUAAAAAAAAAAAAAAAAAAAAAAAAAAGAGAAACAAAACAAUACAAACAUACGUUAGUUAGUAAUGAUCAGGCACUGCGUGGUAUGGUCAUUCCCUCCUUUUCUGCGAGACACACUCGGUUUUAAAUGCGGUACGAGAUGCGGACGGUCAAUGCUUUAGGUGCCUUCACCUGGAGAUUUCGUUGAAUACAGAUGCUCACGUGCACGCGAGUAUAGAUACAUUUAUUGUAACGAGAAAAAUCGUUUCGUCACUCUCGAUCCAUCAGCUUUUCCUCUUCAGCUUGCGAAACGUGCCUCUACGAAUUUAUAUUUCUUCGAUUUUUAAUCGCUUGUUAAAAACGGGUACAAAAAGAAAAAAGAGAGAGAGAGAGAGAGAAAGUAAACGGCGAUUUUAUAAUUUAAUUACCGGCGAUGUAAUCCCGGAUAUGUAAUAAUCGUGUACAAUGGAGUGGAGUUAAAGCUAUGGGUCGAAAGUAGACAAGGUCAGUUUCGAGGUGCUUCGUCAUCACGAGCAAAAUCUUCGUACGAUAAGAAGAAGACUGUUUUUUUUUCUUCUUUUUUUUUUUUCUUUCUUUUUUUCUUUUCUUUUUUUUUUUUUUUAGAAUCGUGGCUACGAAGCAUCUCGUGUCCACGAUGAACAAAUGUAUACGAAAGUCUCGAGGAUAAGAAACAAACGAAAAAAAAAAAAAAAAAAAAAAACGAGACGAAGAAUGCAUAAUUGUACAUGACACAAAGAGAGAAGGGGUUUUCGCGGGAUGAUAUGAGGAAAAAAAAAAAAAGUAAUAAUAAUAAUAAUAAAAGAGGUAAAAUCGUCGAAUAUAUACCUCUACGAUUUGAGUCGAGGAAUAAUUAAUUAUUAACUCGCAGCUUUGUUCCGUCCGUCUGCGCGACCGUGAAUCUUUUGAUUUCGCCGGGUUUCUCGGUAGAAAUCCUAAGUCACAUAAAUACAUAAAUACACAUACCCAUUAAACGCGCGUUUAUUACGCGUUUAUACACACACAUUAUACACACGUGACGUACAUUUACAUUGUACGUAAACUUAAUGAAUAAGUGAAACGUACACACGAAUUAUAUUGAACGGUGGAGAGACAAAAAAAAAAAAAGAAAAAACGAUAACAGAGGCGUAAGUCGUAAAAACAUUGUAAAAAGAGUUUAAAAAGGAAAAAAAAAAAAAAAAAAAAAAAAAAAGAAGAAAAAAGAGAAAAAAACAUGGUAAAAACUGGAAGCGCCAAGACCCCUUCCCCAGUUCUUACACUGAGUAUUAAAUCUGUACUAAUCGACUGAGUAUUAUUUUUAUAUCGAGCGUAAUAAUAUUAAUAAACGGAUAUAAAUUAAAACGUGAGACACGGAUUGGUGAGUUAAUCGUACGUGAAGCCGAGAAAGAAUUAUUGUAAAGGCAGUGGAUGAUGAGUGGAGAGAUGCGUUUUCUUUUUCUUUUCCUUUUUCUUUUUUCGAUUCAACGAAAAACAAGUGAUCGAAAGUAAAAGGAAAAAGAAAGAAAAAAAAAAAAGACGGUAUAGAACGAAAAAAAUAAAAAUGUAUCGCGAUUUAUUAUUUUUAAUAAUUAUUGUUCGAAGAAUAAAAAGAAGAAAAGAAAAGAGGAAGAGAAAACGCAUGCGACUGAUAAUUGUGAGUGCCCUGAUUACAAUAUUUUGUAUACAACCAUAUAAUGCGAACCGAGCGAAGAAAGAAACAAUUUCGAAUGAAAGAAGCAACAAAGAGAUAGGGAAAAAAAAGAGAAAUAAUUAAUGUCGAAAUAUUCUAAUGCACGAUCUGAUGAACCAGCGUUAUGUAUAAGAGCGUUGCGGAGCUCUGACAGGCCGGAAACUAACUUAAAACAAAAAAAAAAAAAAAAAAACUCGUUAGCAUAUUUAUGCACUUAUGUAUGUUAUUAAAUACGCGAUGAUAAAUAGCAAUAGAGCGAUACGAACGAAACACGAUGACAAAAAAAAAAAGAAAAAAGAUAUAAAGAAGAAGAUGAAUUACUUUUGUAUCCACGAAUAUUUACGAUAAUAAGUUAGUUCGGGCUAAGGCCAGCAGCUGUUGAGAUUAUUCAUGGUUGUGUGUAUCAUUAUAAGUAUUUUGAAUUGUUGAAUAGUAAUUAGUGUAAGCGGUGGCUUGAACGGGGCGACGUCCAGCGCCCACGAAUGCUGCACCAUGAAGAGACGUCGCGUCGUCCAAGUUCGGUCUCAAAUAUUUCAGAAUUAAAUCGAAUAUUUCUUCUCUUCGUUACUCGAACAUUUACCUUUCGUACAAUCGACCCGCUAAAUUAACUUUGCCUGUGUUUUAAUAUAUACAUGUAUACAUAUAUAUAUAUAUUUUAUAUAUAUAUACAUGUAUAUAAUAUAUAUAUAUAAUAUAUAUAUAUAUAUUUUUUUCUUUUUUAGUAUUGUAUUUGUAACGAGUCGUAUAUCCCAUAUAUGAAAUUGUUGGGAUGCUUUUUUAAUUUAUAAUUUUAACGUGAAGCACAUCGAUAAGAGAAGAAUCACCCAUGACAGGUGUACCUUUAAAUACUCCAUUGAUAUUACGGGUGUAAUUUUUCAAAGAUAUUUUGUAUCUUUUUAUGUAUUAUUUCUCUGAUUCAAAAAUUUCAUCUAUUCUCAUUUUUAUUUUUCUUUUUUUCAACGAGAAUCUUUUAGAGAGAACUCUCUAUUUUUUUCUUUUUUUUUAUAUCAUGUAAUAAUAAGAUACCUGUUAAACCUUUUCUAAACUAUUUAUUGAAUUUCUAUGUAUUUGUUAAAAGUUCUUUUAUAGACGACUUUUUUCUUUUACUUUUUUUUUUUUUCUUCUUUUACUUUUGAGACCAUACUUUGUACACAUGCACGUGAUUCUGUCAACGAUUCAUCAAUGAAUCUUUAGGGGGAAAGGAAGAUAGAAAAAUAAAAAAAAAA